AUGCCGGUGCUCAUAUUCGUGCGUCUGAUCGCCUUCACGCUGUUCGUGAUCCGGCGCAUCUCGCACCGCAACCCGGACGCGCUGUGGCUGUGGGUGACCUCCAACGCGGGCGAGUUCUGGUUCGGCUUCUCCUGGCUGCUCGACCAGCUGCCCAAGCUGAACCCCAUCACCCGCGUGCCCGACCUGGUGGUGCUCCGGCAGCGGUUCGACCGCGCCGACGGCACCUCCCGCCUCCCCGGGCUCGACAUCUUCGUCACCACGGCCGACCCGUUCAAGGAGCCCAUCCUCAGCACGGCCAACUCCAUCCUCUCCAUCCUGGCCGCCGACUACCCCGUGGAGCGCAACACCUGCUGCCUCUCCGACGACUCGAGCAUGCUGCUCACCUACGAGGCCAUGGCGGAGGCCGCCAAGUUCGCCACCGUCUGGGUGCCCUUCUGCCGGAAGCACGGCAUCGAACCGCGCGGGCCCGAGAGCUACUUCGAGCUCAAGAGCCACCCCUACAUGGGCCGCGCGCAGGAGGACUUGGUCAACGACCACCGCCGCGUGCGCAACGAGUACGACGAGUUCAAGGCGCGGAUCAACGGGCUGGAGCACGAGAUCAAGCAGCGCUCCGACGCGUACAACGCCGCCAGGGGGCUCAAGGACGGCGAGCCCAGGGCCACCUGGAUGGCCGACGGAUCCCAGUGGGAGGGCACCGUACUGGACUGUGGGUUGGCCUUAGUCAGCGCCAUUGCCGUCGCGCUGGCCGGCUGGCUCGGUACCGUUCUCGUGCGGUGGUGCUGUGGCCGCCCCUCCGGCCUCGCCGCCGGCCAACGCGGCGGCAACCUCCAUCUGCACCUCCACCCGCACAGCAACCGGCGUAACGAUCACAACAAGGACCACAUGUGCGUGCCAAGGGCGCCGCCGCCAUCGGCAGCAACAAAUGACAACCUCGACUUGGAUUUCCUGGAGCAUUAUCAGUCAGAUCAGAACGACCUCGCCGUGAAUUUUCUGCUUGACGACGACUACGUCCCCUUGUAUCGCAACAAGUGA